GAUUCCAAGGCCGGGUGUGCUCCACCUGUAAAUCGAAAACCGGUUCCGCCGAUUUGGAGGGAGCAUGACGUCUCCUGCUGUUUGAAUUGCCCACGGACCGGGCACCGUCGUAGGCUGGAUCAUGACGACUACAAUGAUGCUUUGGCAAGGGAAUAGGAAAUAAGCGCCUCAAGAUAUAGUCUCCGAGGAACCUGUUGUCCAUGUGUAGCUUGUUGCAAUUCGAAGGAACAGAAACCAAAAAGCAGGAAGCAGCAAUAAAUCAUGACCAGUGUCUACUCCGCCAACAGUGCCGUCACCUUUGACGAGUUGCUCGCUCAUCUCAAGUCACUCCCCGUUCCGCUGCUUCCGCCAGCCAAACCCCUCGACACUUCUCUAAGCGACAAGAUAGCUUCCUUAUAUCUACAUCCGGCACUCGAGGCUCUGUUGCACCUUCUCAAUCAUGACUUGCCCUCUGCCCACUUUCUUGUGCGACACAUGCAGUCCGAUCCCGCUUUUGAAGCAAUGUACCUCCACGGUAUCCUCCAUCGGAUAGAAGGCGACUUCAACAACACCAGGGCCUGGUACUACGAUGUCUACAAUUCCGAGCCCUUUGAACGUGUAUGGGGGAAGGCAACCGAAGACGAGACAGCAGAGGUCGAAAAGAAGAAGGACGACGGGGAGACCAAGAUGCCUCCCCAGAAAGCCGCUCGGGACUUUGUAGACAGCCUAGAAAAACUGUCAAAGGGACAAGGAGACAGGGAUGCCCUUGCAAAGGAAAGCAGAAGAGAGUUUGAUUCCGUCCUUGACUGGUGUACCAACAAGUUUGGCACAGGAAAGCACACAGACGCUUCGAAAGCCUGGGUACAACCAAGUCAAGAGAUUAGCCAGAAGGGCCAAGACAUGGUCACCGGCAACGAUGGCUUCAGGAAGUUCUAAACAUGCUCUAGCUAGUCGUGCAUGUACUGGGACAACUCGCAACUUAUUCAUAUUCUAUUGUACGUGGGAGCACGAUGCAAAAUGGAAGGAACAGGAAAAGCAUGUUUCGCAUUUCAUUUCCGUUAGGCGUCUAGAGGAGAAAAGCUCAUCGUUUCCAUUCCUCCUCCUCCUUAUAAUGUGGCAAUCUUAACGCACUCCUAUUGCCAAACUCCUUCCCGGAUGUAUAAACA